AUGGCUUCACGAUUUUCUCCUCGACGGCUUCUCAAGCCUUUAGCAUACGGCACUGGACUGGCCGUGGCAGGGACAACUGUCAUGUACAUUGCCUAUAGACCUCGAAAUGUCCCAGGUGCAGAAUCACUGGCUCCGAAACCACCUAGAAGAGACGAAAACGGUGUUAUAAUCCCACCGAGAUUUCCCUACAUUAAAACGAGAGCCGAACAAAUCGCCGACCUUAGGAAAUCAUCAUCUGGGUCCUCUUCCGAAAUAUACGAUCUUCUCAUUAUUGGCGGCGGAGCUACAGGCACGGGUAUAGCUCUUGAUGCAGCUACACGAGGUUUAAGAGUUGCCGUCGUGGAAAGAGACGAUUUCAGCAGUGGAACAAGCAGCAAAUCCACCAAACUUGUUCACGGUGGAGUACGAUAUCUGGAAAAGGCCGUGUGGAAUUUGGAUUAUAGCCAGUAUCAAUUGGUGAAAGAGGCGUUGAAAGAGAGAAAAUCCUUCUUGUACACGGCACCCCAUUUGUCGUCAUGGUUACCGAUUAUGUUGCCUCUGCAAAAAUGGUGGCAAGCGCCCUAUUUUUGGGCCGGAACCAAGUUUUACGAUCUUCUCGCUGGAUCAGAAGGCAUUGAGAGUUCAUACUUCCUCCCGAGAAGUAAAGCUCUCGAAGCAUUUCCUAUGCUCAAGAAAGAAAACUUAGUCGGCGCCUUGGUAUACUAUGACGGGCAGCACAACGACUCCCGAAUGAACGUUUCCCUGGCAAUGACUGCCACUCUGUAUGGCGCCACGGUAGUCAACCAUCUCGAAGUGACUGGUCUGGAGAAAGACGCGAAUGGCAAACUUUCUGGUGCUCGAGUACGCGACCUUAUUGCCCCCAAGGAUGGAAAACCCAGCGAAGAAGUCUCGAUCAAAGCAAAAGGUAUUAUCAAUGCAACAGGCCCGUUUGCCGAUUCGAUUCAACAAAUGGACAACCCGGGUGUGAAGGACAUUGUUGCGCCGAGUCUGGGAGUUCACGUUGUUCUCCCUGGUUAUCUUAGCCCCCAGAAUAUGGGUUUGAUUGAUCCGUCGACAUCCGAUGGCAGAGUGAUUUUCUUUCUCCCAUGGCAAGGAAGUACCAUUGCUGGUACGACCGACACUCCGUGCGCUAUUUCACCGAAUCCAAUUGCAGGUGAAAAAGAUAUCGAGUGGAUUUUGAACGAAAUCCGCACAUAUUUGACUCCGGACAUUAAUGUACAACGAUCGGAUAUCCUUGCAGCGUGGUCAGGUGUCCGUCCCCUGGUGCGCGAUCCCCAUUCCAAGAAUACCGAGUCUCUUGUCCGCAGCCAUCUCGUAACCGUCUCUGAUUCUGGACUGUUGACCUGUGCCGGUGGGAAAUGGACUACUUACCGACAGAUGGCCGAGGAAGCAGUCGACAAAGCGAUUGAAGUCUUUCAAUUACGGCCGAAGCCCGUCAGCUACGUUCCCGACAUUUCCGGUGUCAACGGUACUGAUCCGACGGUCAAUCUACUCAAUGGCACGUGUCAAACUCACCACAUCCGCCUUCUCGGAGCGCACGGAUAUUCGACAACCCUGUUUAUCAAUUUGAUCCAGCAUUUCGGCCUCGACGCCGACGUAGCGAAGCACCUCGCAACCGACUAUGGCGACCGAGCGUGGGAUGUUGCGGCAUUAGCUUCUCCCACUGACAACCUCGAGCAUUACCCACUUCGCGGCCAGCGCCUGUCUUCUCUGCAUCCAUUCAUUGACGGUGAAGUACGAUAUGCCGUGCGCAGCGAGUAUGCGCAAACCGCUGUCGACGUUCUCGCCCGACGAACGAGAUUGAGCUUCUUGAAUGUUCAAGCUGCCCUUCAUGCUCUUCCGAAGGUGAUUGACAUCAUGGCUGAGGAGCUGAAUUGGAGCGAGAAAAGGAAAGAAGUUGAAUGGAAAGACACUGUCGCUUUCCUUGCUAGCAUGGGUCUCCCUAACGAUAUGCUCCAGAUCACCCGCGAAGAGGUAUUAGAUGGAAUGAUGAGCUCGAGCAGUUUGGCGCCUACCAAGGGCUCUUCCAAGGCCGUGGUACCUCUGAAACCGUCAUUGGGACCCGUUGGGCAGGCAUAUGGUUCGCUUCCUUGA